CGGAGUGGGCCAGCGGAGGCAAGCAAGCCGACAGGGGGGUCAGAACAGCCCUGAGAGCCGGCGGUCUGCAAGACAGAGGAGCAGAGGGGACCAAUAAGAAAAACGACGACGCACGGUUUAGCGAAGAAUAAAACCUCCCGGGUUUCGAGCUGAGGACGGUGAGAGCGGCGGACAAGAGAAGACAAGAGCUGGGACGAUAAAAAGAAGAAGAAUAAGAAGUAGAAGAAGUAGGCAGGGUGGGACGGAAUAAUCCAGGAAGUGUGGAGGCCGGUCAGGUGGGAGGCGACGAGUCAGGACAGGUGCCACACUGGCUCUCAGUUCUGAUCGGGGUCACGGGAGGACUACCCACGUCACGGGUAUUCGGUGUACUGUAUGACCUCUGCUGACCUCUGAGCAAAGAACCAAAGAGGAGGGAGGGUGGGUGAGCGAGAGAGACAGAAAGCAGGCACCCAUCUUCUCCUGGGUUUAUGGACUGGAGGUGGCAAUGUCUCCUGGAGAGGACGGUCUGAUUGGGAUCCCCUUCCCGGAGCACAGCAAUGAGCUCUUGUCCCACCUCAAUGACCAGAGGAGGACAGGGCUCCUGUGUGACCUCACCCUGACCUCCCGCGGGGCUCGCUACCCUACUCACCGCUCCGUCAUGGCCGCUGUCAGUUUAUACUUCCGCCGGCUGUUUGGAGCAGAGGAGGGGGGCGGCGAGGGCGGAGGAGGUUUCAGUGUUUGCCAGCUGGACUUUGUGGCACCUGACGCCCUGGAUGCCCUGCUGGAGUUCGCUUACACUGCCACCCUGACCAUCCCGAGCUCAGGGAUGAGAGAUGUGCUGCGAGGGGCUCAGUUUCUGGGUAUCCAGUGUGUGGCUGACGCCUGCAGAGACAUCCUGGGGGAGACGGCCGAGCCAGAGGGGGAGACGGCUGAGCAGCAGAGAGCCCAACAUACAGCUACCAAGAGAAUGGUGGAGAGAGAGAGUGGUGUAGAGAAAGGGUCCCGAAGAAAAACAGACAAAAGGAGGGUCAAAAAAGUUGGGUUGCAUCACAUCAACUCCUCAGUUUUGAACCAAUCGCCUGCUUCUCCCAUCUCGCAUCAUUCACCUGCAUCCGACAGCCUCCGCUCCCUGCCGUCUACCCAGCCGCCCAGCCCUGAACAGGAGCAGCUAUGCCUGAAAUCUGGGCAGAAUGGAGAUCCCAGGUCGAUCAGAGAGCCAGUGAGAGAUGCCACACUAAACGGAGGGCUCCUUCAUUGGCUGCAUGAGGGCCCGCGUAUAGCCCACCCACCUCCUCCUGUCCAACCUUUGAAUGACAAGCUGUCAGAGGAUGAUGACAUGGAGGGUUUUGUUGAUGAUGGUAUGCUGAUGGGAAACACCUCCAUAACUACCUCUGUAGCUGAGCGAGGAGCGGUGACACCAGCAGUGGGAGGGGGAAGGAAGAGGAAGUCUCAGACGCCCCAGCAGUGCCCUGUGUGUCAGAAGAUCAUCCAUGGAGCAGGGAAGCUGCCCCGACACAUGAGGACACACACUGGAGAAAAACCUUUCCAGUGCUCUGCCUGUGGAGUCCGUUUCACCCGGAAUGAUAAGUUAAAGAUCCACAUGAGGAAACACACAGGCGAACGCCCCUACCCGUGCCCCCACUGCCCCGCCAGGUUUCUCCACUCAUACGACCUCAAGAACCACCUGUCCCUCCACAGUGGGGCUCGACCAUUCGAGUGCCCACUCUGCCACAAGGCCUUUGCCCGAGAGGACCACCUCCAGCGUCACCGCAAGGGACACAGCUGCCUGGAGCUGCGCACUCGCCGGCCCAGGCGUGGUCCUGAGCUGGUGGAGGAUGGGAGAGGGGAUGUAGGCAGGAGGGAGCAGUCCAACCCUCUGGAGGCUUUGUCCUCACAGGCUCAUUCCUCGGCGUUUCUCCCUCACACGAUGCUGGAUGGUGGGAGUGGGUCCGUCGCCGGCCCUCCGCUGAUGUUUCCAGGUGAAGUCGAGAGGGGGCGCUCUUUCGCCCUUCAGGCUCUGGCCCAACUCGGGCAUCACAGGCUAGCCAGCUACCCAGAGCUUUUCCUGCGAGGGCUGGAGCUGCGAGGGGGCAGAGAGGCGGAGGGAGAAGAUCCAGGAGGAACCCACUCUCCGGCUGCGCUGCGUGACCGAUGGGCAGACGAAGUGGAGGAGGAAAUUGGAGAUGAGGAAGCGGAUGAAGAGGAAUAGUUAAAAGAGAGUGUGAGUGUGUGUGUCAGUGUGUGUGUGUGUGUGUCUGUGUGUGUGUGUGUGUGUGUGUGUGUGUGUGUGGUAAAGCAUCCACAGUAAAAAAAAAUCUCACUCAGGUGGCUGGACUAAUGACCUGCUGCUCCCAUGUAGAGAGCGCUUAAAAAAAAAAAAACUAAAUGAUAUUAAAGAAAAAAAUGGAAAACGGGUUUUCAGAGA